AUGAAAGCUUUGCUUGCUUCCAGUGGACAUUCCCAGCAACAGCCGCAACAGCAACAGCCGAGUAGUGGAGUACAUUUACCUUAUACUGCUGGUGGUAAACGUAAUAGUAACGCUUCCGCAACUAGUGGUACUUCGGGAGCUAAUUCGGAGAAACAUGAACGAGGACAGCUUGUCGAUUCCUUUUCUAAGCUCAAUGAUUUAUGUCGAAUAAACAAUCAGUUAUUGAUCGCAUUGGGUGUUGGUCAUCCAAAAAUUGAUCAAAUUUGUACAUUACUUGCGCGAUAUGGAAUACAUCCUAAAAUGACCGGUGCUGGUGGUGGUGGAAGUGUUUUUGCUUUCUUAAAACCUGAUACAUCAGCGACUGUGUUAUCGAUGAUCAAAGAUGAGCUGACAAAAUUAGAUUACGAAUUAUGGCAACCCCCGCUUGGUGGUCCCGGAGUUGUAUGCCAUAACAGUAAGCCUGAUCUCUUUGUUGUGCCUAGCACGAUUGGAACACCGAGCGCCACAAUGAAAAUGCUCGUCGAAAUUGAACAAACUGUGGGUUUCUUAGCUUCAUUCUUGUAUGGAACAAUUCCUCGUCGCCGCAUUGAUACAUUUGCUGAAAUCUUGGCUAAUCGAUUGCUGGAACGAUUUACAGAUCAGUCUUGUCCACCAAAAAUUUGCCAUUUAGUCGUUAAUGUUGCCGGAAAAAGUGAUCCUCUUAUUCAAGAUGCAGCUGAAGAAGCUUAUAUGGAUUUGACAGAAAUGCAAUCUCUUCUUCCUAACAAUUUGAUUGUUGAGAUACGACAAGGUUCCGUUAAUGCAGUCAAUGCAGAUACCGGUCAAAUAAAAGCAAUCUAUCCGGAAUCAAAGGCUUUUUUUUUAAAAACUCAAGAUAAUGGACGUCAUUUCCAUAAUCGCUGCGCUUUGUCACCAAAUUCGAAAAGUUAUCAAACAAAAAGACGUCCUUUGCUACGCAUUGAAUAUGAAUAUCGUUGUUUGGGUGGAAAAAAUAAACCGUGCGGACGACCAUAUUUUGAACUCCAACGAGAUGAUGCAGUUUAUACUGCUCAAGCCUUUGCUGCAACACGUUUUGGAUCCACCAAACUUAAAAGUCAUCAGGGUGUUGAUGCUGGUAAUGGAUAUCAUCCAUACACAACACCAUCACUCUACGCAUAUCUCCAAUUGCUCAUUUUUCUGAACGCAUUAGCGUGUUUAACAGUUUGGUCCGAGAAACUAGAACAGGAAUUCGAUAAUAUGAAAGAUGUUCUUUUUGAAACUGUUCUUUAUGUCCGAAAUUACAGCUUAAAAAGCGAAAAAUCUUUUAUUUUCUAA